UCCUGACCUGUGCUUUCUGUCUUCCACUGCAGAGCACUCCAGAGGAGUGCAAUAAAACUCUUUACACUAGAGCAGGCACUCAGGCAGGCAGGCAGGCAGGCAGGCAGGCAGGGACAUAGGCAAUGUAACCACUGAAUGUGUCUUUAAGGUGCUUAACUGACGAGUCAGCCUUUUGGUAGAGCUGGGUCUGACAGGAACUGAAAGGGGUGUUUUGUGAAUUCUUGCUGUGUUUGCAUCCUGAGCGACUUCAUCAAUACUGCAUGUAGCUUAGAGCUGGCAAGGUUUCCUGCUGCAAUCCUUGGGACUGAGCAGCCUGUGUGUGUGCGUGUGUGUGUGCGUGUGUGUGUGUGUGUGAGUGAGUGUGUGAUCUACUGCUGCAACAAAGAAGGGGGGACACCUUGCAAAUAAUUCCCAGGGAGGGCAGCAUGUGUGCAUCUCCACCAGGACAAAACAAGCGCUGGAGAGAUUAAGUGGAUCCUGAAGCACCUUCUCUGUAUUCGCCUAGUUCUAGCAUAGCAGCAUGCUGGACUGAGUACCAAAAGUCAGAGGACCUUAAGCUUGCUGCCAGUGGUUAAUAUUGUUUGAUUGGUUUUGAAAAACAAUCAUUUGGUUGGAGCCUGAGCACAUGAGUGAGAAAGGAACAAGAGGGACCCAUGACUCGAACCCCCUGGUAGAGCUGAUGACCACGAUGACAAUCCCCGAACUACAGUUUUCAAGAAGAACCUGCAAGCAUUGUGACUUUCCCUAACACCUGCUGCCCCACAAUGAGUCUUUAGGGUCCUUGAGUCAAUUGGCAGUUUCCUUGAAUUACCCUUUGCCCAUCAUGGGAGGAUGUUUCUCCAAACCCAAACCAGUUGAGGUGAAAAUUGAAGUAGUGGUUCCUGAGAAAGAAAAGGAACGAGGCAAAAUGUCACCCAAUGGCAUGGCGAGUCCCGUAGCGAACUGCAAGCCGAACGGGACCACGAAACACCUGUGCGAUGAGUCCCUCGCCCUGAGCACCUAUCAGAACCCCAGGGACUUCGUGGAGGCGGCUGUAUGCCACGUGAGGGAUCUGGAGAACGGACAGAUGCGGGAGGUGGAGGUGGGUGGAGGAAAGGCUCUCUUGAUAAAGGAACAUGGAGAGUAUAGCGCCAUCAGUCACAAGUGCCCCCACUAUGGAGCACCACUAGUGAAAGGCGUGCUGUCAGGGGGGCGGGUUCGAUGCCCCUGGCACGGGGCCUGCUUCAGCAUUGCCACCGGAGAUAUAGAAGACUUUCCUGGUCUGGACAGUUUGGAAAAGUUUCAGGUUAGAGUAGAAAAAGACAAGGUGAUCAUCCGGGCAAACAAACAGGCCCUGCAGACACAAAAGAGGACGAGGAUGAUGUCGAAAUGCACAGGGCUGAGCAACUACAGCGCUGGAGUCACCAGCGUGCUUAUCAUUGGUGCAGGUCCUGCUGGGCUGGUCUGUGCAGAGACUCUAAGACAGGAAGGUUUUGGCGACAGGAUUGUAAUGUGCACUGUGGACAAACACCAGCCGUACGACAGGCCUAAACUGAGUAAGUCACUGGAGUCUACAGCAGAACAGAUAACACUGCGCUCGAAAGAAUUCUUCCAAAAGUACGAUAUAGAGCUUCUGAAAGAGAAAGAGGUAGUGACUGUGGACAUAAAGACAAAGACAGCAAUCUUUAGAGAUGGAUUGAAGAUGGUCUACAAAAAUCUUCUUAUUGCCACUGGAAGCAGUCCAAAGCUACUAAAUUGCAAAGGAACAGACGUGGAAAAUGUGUUUUACCUGAGAACACCAGAAGACGCCAACUGCAUAGCCAAACUCGCCAACAACAAGAAUGCGAUUGUAGUGGGGGCGUCUUAUGUAGGCAUGGAGGUCGCUGCCUACCUGGCUGAAAAGGCCCACUCUGUGUCAGUCGUGAGCCAGGAGGACAUUCCCUUCCGCAAAGCCUUGGGAGAGAAAGUUGGAAGGGCCAUCAUGAAGAUGUUUGACAACAACAGAAUUAAGUUCUACAUGCUGAAUGAAGUAUCGGAGUUUCGAGGCCAACAAGGAAAGCUUAAAGAAGUGGUGUUGAACAGUGGAAAGGUUCUCAGGGCUGAUGUCUGCAUUAUUGGCACAGGAGUAAGCCCGGCGACUUCCUUCUUAAAACACAGCGGCAUUAACAUGGAUUCCAAAGGCUUCAUCCCUGUGAGCAAGACAAUGCAGACCAAUGUUCCUGGAGUGUUUGCUGCAGGAGACGUGGUCACUUUCCCUCUGGCCCUGCGCAGCAAUAAGAAAGUGAAUGUGCCUCAUUGGCAGAUGGCACACAUGCACGGUCGGAUAGCUGCUCUUAAUAUGCUUGGCCAGGCAACUGAAAUAAAUACUGUUCCUUAUUUCUGGACUGCGAUGUUUGGGAAAAGUAUUCGAUAUGCAGGUCACGGAGAAGGAUUUGAUUCUGUAAUCAUCCAAGGAGAUUUAGACGAACUGAAGUUUGUAGCCUUCUACACAAAGAGCGAGGAGGUGAUUGCUGUUGCAAGUAUGAACUACGACCCCAUUGUGUCCAAGGUCGCGGAGGUUUUUGGAUCUGGGAGGACGAUUAGGAAGAGGGAUGUUGAGAUGUUUGUACGACAUGGCAAAACUGGGGACAUGUCGUGGUUAAUCGGAAAAGGCACGCAGCAGCUGUGAACCUCGAAGCACCCCGACAUACGUGAAGACCUUCGAGAAGAGGAGGCAGCUCUCAGUCUACAAGGAAACUCCUCUGUAAGACGACACCCACUGUAUGAGUUCAGUGAUACUGUGGCACUCUUAAUCCAGGACAUGUGUCUUGAUGUGAGCUUCAAUCCCUCUUCCUAAACCCUGGGGCACUUCUGCCCUUCACCAGAAAAAAAAGGUUGCUUUUUUCACUUGAGAGGUCUGUCUGCAGCUAAAUGUGCUGUACAUACUGUAUGAAGUGGUGUAAAUUAACCAAAACUGGGCAGCUGCAUGUGAUUUAGCGGAUCAGGGUUGUAUUUGCACUGUUGAGUCUAAAAACAAUAGUGGGUGCAAUCACAGUGCUUGUGCAUGCUGAAUCUGUAUGUUGUCUAUAGGGGUCUUUUUAUAUAUCAUAUUGUACAUAUGUUUUAUCUGCGCCGUCCUCACAUUUAAUUGUAAAAGUAAUGAAGAAUACAAUAUUGCCUGAUAACCUGCAGUUGCAGCCAAGAAUUAAUGGAGACAGGUGCUACAGGAUAGCUUAGUUACUGUAACUAAAUCAAAAUGUUGAGCUAUUCUUUACUGUGUUAUGUUUUUCCUUGUAUGUUCUUAUUUGAGGCACUUCAAUUAUAAUUUCCCUUGGCCAAAUUAACUGUACAUUAUAUUCGUAACAUUACAGUCAUGGAAAUCACUGUAAUUCAGAUCUGAACCACUGGAAAAUGACUGUUGAAAAAUGCUGCAAACGCAUAUGAACUUUUUUCAUUAUUAUUAUGUCAGAGCAUGGAUACUUGGGUGAAAAACCAUUACAUUGCCUGUUGUUCGGUUAUAAGUGCAAAGAUAUUGCACCCUUUGAAUGAACACUAAUAAUGUUUGGAAUCGACUCCAGCUGUAGACUUGCUAGUAGCAGGUUUGCCCUGGGCAGUUUCAUUAACCAUGAUACUAUUAUUGCUGGGGUAAAAAAAAAAAAAAAAAAAAAAAAAUUGGUAGGUUUGAUUUCUCGAGGAAACUCUUUGUUACUAACUCAGGGAGCAGAAGGUUGAAGAGCCAAGUUAUCAUUGCAAAAAUAAACGUGUUGGUUUUAUUUUCCUACCAAAACAUAUUUUUCUUAUUUACAUGUAUACGUACACUUUGAAGUAAGAAUAUGAAGAAAAACACACACACACAUUAAAG